AUGCAGCUUCGUCCGUUCGCAACCUUGAUCGGGUUGUCCAUUCUGGGAAGCGCAAAUGGAUCUCCAGUGGUAUAUGGAAAUGCUUCCACGCCUGCAAUAACUCCAACUCCAACACCAACUUCGAGUUCAGAUGGCGGGUACGCCUCUGGCAGUCCUACUCUAUGCUACAAUACUGACUUUGUGGGUGUGAUCUUGGACGCCUACUCCGGUCUAUCUACCGAUCCGGGCCUACAAUGCCAAUGUCUUACCCAAAUCUCGAAUUGGCUCUCCACCACCAACCCAGGAACUCACACUCUUACACGGAGUAUCGCGAUUGGAGUGACGACAACGACCGAGACGACCGACGGGAUCACGACAACGAUUACAACGGAAGCCGUCACUGUUGGAACAUACACCCUAACCGAAAAUGCUGCUCCGUCCGAUGUGGUGACAUCCUUCGUAUCUGACGACAUUACCUACGUCUCCCCGAGCGUCUAUAUUGGAUUCUCCUCGCUGUAUGCAUAUGACUACUGCGGAACUGUUGGUCAGCCAUACACAAACACCACAAUCGCCUUUGACCAAGACGAACUGUCCACAGUGCAGUACGUGGAGCAAACAUUGACAUACAACACAACGGCCAAUGUCGGCACGGGCACCAGCACCGUCUGGUCGACCUUUCCCACCACGUCGACCUACUAUUCAAGCACCACGCCAGCGCCGCUCAAUUUCGAGGUCCUCGGCCAGAAUUGCUCGACUAUCUCGGGGUAUACCUAUGUGCCGGGUAACCCAUCGGCAGAGCAUGUAUUCGGGUCUGUCGACCCCUGUCAUCCAGUCAUCGUCGUACCGAGUCGCAUAAAAAGGUUACAGCCAUCGUGGAAUACCUGCGAUGGUAAUGCUAUUGGCGGUUUCUACGACCCCCCUUACCCUUUGACGUCGGUGUCUGGAUUGCUUCCGCCCACUACCACAACUUCCCAGCCAACUUCGACCCAACCGGCGGCUCCGGGGUCGACGGCGACGAGUAUUCCACAGCAAACCUCGACAACUCCGUUCCUAGAUCAAGAGCCGACAACGACGGCGUCGGUUGGCAAUCCGGGUACUAGGACUAGUCCUGCUUCCGAGACUUCCAUUAGUACCGCUACUGGUUCUGGAUCGGGCUCAGGCUCUGAGUCUAGCUCUGGUUCAGGAAGUACAGACUCCGGCUCAGGUUCAGGAAGCACAGGCUCAGGUUCAAGCUCUGGCUCCGGUUCCAAUUCAGGUUCAGAUUCAGGAUCUGAUUCGGGCUCAGGUUCGGGAAAUACAGGCUCGGGUUCAAGUUCGGGUUCAAGCUCUGAUUCAGACUCGGGUUCGGGUUCGGGUUCAGGCUCUGGGUCUAGCUCGGAUUCAGGAAGUACAGGCUCCGGAUCAGACUCUCGAGGCGGCAGCACGAACACUGCAGUAGGAUCAUCUGGUACAGGGACAGGAACAGGAACAGGAAGCGGAUCAGGCAGUGGAUCUGGCAGCUCUGGGUCUGACUCUGGAGAGACGGAUGGAACCAGUACUAUAUCCUCAUCUCCUGGCUCCCCUCUAGCUACCGGCGCCGCAUCACGACCUAGCCUAAUGCUACAUACCAGUGGGCUAAUCGCUCUAGUUUCUUUUCUUUUUUAUCGUUAA